AUGUCGAAAAAGAGUUGUGAAUUAUGCAGCAACCCAGCAAGAAUGUACUGCGAGUCUGAUCAAGCAAGCCUGUGCUGGAACUGCGACGAAAAAGUUCACAGUGCAAAUUUUCUGGUCGCAAAGCAUUCAAGAAACCUUCUUUGCCAUGUCUGUCAAUCUUCGACCUCGUGGAGAGCCUCAGGACUGAAGAUCGGGCCCACAGUUUCAAUCUGCCAUGUUUGUGCCGACGGCGAAAAUGGUGGGAGCCGAAGAAUACAAGCAAAUCAUGAAGAAGAUGAAGAUCGUGAUGUUCUCCAAGAAAGUGAAGAUGAUGAUGGAGAAUAUUAUAGUGAAGACCUAGAGAAUGACGAUGAUGAGGAAGGAAAAGGAGAGAAUCAAGUGGUUCCAUGGUCAAAUUCUAGUUCUACACCAUUCUCUCCACCUGCAGCAGCUCCUGCACCAAGUUCUUCACUCAGUGAGGAUAAUUUGUCUUCGACUUCAUUGAAAAGAAUUCGAGACAACCGUUUUGAAUCCGAGGAUGAGGAUGGUUGUUGUUCAUCACAGUUUUACCCUAAAGCUGCAUCGUCGAAAAUAGCAUCAGGAGAAUUAACUGAUCAGAAUAAUGGUUCUUCUUCAUCAAUUUCCUUUAGACCAUUGAAGUUGCAAAGAGAAAAUGCAUUUAUUCCAUCAGGAAAGGCCAUUAACGAAGAUCAGACGGAGAAGAUGAAAUCAAGAAGAGCAGCAAUCAUGGGAUCACUCAGAAAAUUCCAGCAAGAAAUUGAAUCAUCUACUAUGAUCACAGGCCUCAGUAAAAUCAGUAGAGAAUAA